AUGUCUCCGACGGGUUCAAAGGAUCCCCUCCACAUCGCCAUCAUUGGCGGGGGCAUCACGGGCGUCAACCUCGCCCUUGGCCUCCAAGCCCGCAACGUCUCGUACAGCAUCUACGAGCGUUCCGCGGGUUUCCGCGAGAUCGGGGCAGGCAUUGGCUUCAGCCCCAACGCAGAGCGAGCCAUGGCCGCUCUCAACCCCGAUAUACUCACCUCCUACAAGCGUCUAGCCAACCCCAACGGUGAGGACUACUUCCAGUGGGUAAACGGGUGCGCGACGGACGAGCCAAUCUUCAAGCUACACGUCGGCAAAGACGGGUUCCAGGGCGGCCUCCGCAGCAAGUUCCUCGAGGAGUGGGCGAAGUUGAUCCCCCCUACCGCGGUGCAAUUCAGCAAACAGCUCGACACCAUCACCGAGCCCACCCCCGACUCGCCCAAACUCCGCCUCCACUUCACCGACGGCACGACCGCCACAGCCGACGCCGUCAUCGGCUGCGACGGCAUCCACUCGCGCGUCCGCGACCUCCUCCUCGCUCCCCAAACAACAACCAACCCACCCGCACCAGGAGACCAACCCCCAUCCUCUCCCCCCACCACCGCCCACCCAACCUACACGCACAAGUUCUGCUUCCGCACCCUAGCCCCCAUGCCCGCCGCCAUCGCCGCCAUCGGCCCCACCCAAGCCAGCACCCGCUUCAUGUACAACGGCCCCGGCGCGCACCUGAUCACCUACCCGGUCGGCAACAGCACGCUGCUCAACAUCCUCGCCGUCAUCGACGCCACCUCCUCAACCCCCUGGCCGUACGGCCAGCGCCACACCGCGCCGGGCCACCGCAGCGAAGCGGAGCGCGCGUUUGAGCAGUGGGGACCCACGGCGAGGGCGAUUGUGGGUUUGUUUCCGGACUCGGAGGAGGGGGCCCCGUUGGAUAAGUGGGCGCUGUUUGAUAUGGCCGAGUAUCCGAUGCCGGGGUAUGCGCGCGGGAGGGUGGGUGUGGCGGGGGAUGCGGCGCAUGCUGCGGGGCCGCAUCUGGGUGCCGGGGCGGGGAUGGGGGUGGAGGAUGCGGCGGUUUUGGCGGCGGUUUUGGGGGCGAUUGGGGGGUGGUGGGAGGGGGAUGGGGAGGGAGAGGGGCAUGAGUUGUUGGAGAGAGCGUUGCGGGUGUUUAACGAGGUGAGAUAUUCAAGGACGCAGUGGGUGGUGCAUGCGGCCAGGGAGGCGUGUGACUUGUUCCAGUGGCGGGAUGAGGCGAUAGGAAAGGACCCGGAGAGGUUUGGCCGCGAGAUUACCGAGCUGUUUCAUACGAUCUGGAAGUAUGAUGUGGAUGGGAUGGUGGAGGAGGCGCUGGCGAAGUUGGGUGCGCCGGCAUCUUAGGUCGCCCUCACCAGGUUGCUAGCCGGGAAGAGUAAGUGCCAUGGCGGCUUGCAGACAACGAGAGCUGGAAAGAAUGCGAAAAGAACUAUA